CUAAGAAUAAAGACUUCCACCCUGAAACCCACCUCCCCAAUUUUUCCACCGAAAUCGAAGCCACCAGAGGGAGAUACCAACUUCUCCUUCGCUGCUCUUUCUCUCCUUCUCCUCGUCUUCCUCGCCCCUUUCUUCGUCUAUUCUAUGGAAGACAUGAGAUCGAGAUCCUACGCCGAUGGCCGGAUGCAGAUUGAACCGUACGGUAUCAGGGGACCAGCGGUUCCGUCAUACGAUCUGAGGAGCUACAGCACGUCGGAUGCCUCUUCCUACUCCCAGAAGGAGACCAAGCUCAAUAAGAGUAAGAAUCUUUCUUCUUUCAAAGGCGGGUGGUUAAACGAUCCGGAGCUCCAAAGGAAGAAGAGAGUUGCGGGUUAUAAGGUCUAUUCGGUUGAGGGAAAGGUCAAGGGGUCGUUCAGAAAGAGCUUUAGAUGGAUCAAGGAUAGAUAUACGCAUGCCGUGUACGGCUGGUGGUGACCGAUGGCUGAUCUGUGGUGGAAGCCACUUGCAGCUUGCUGUGUCCUUGAAAGGGAGGUGCUACUAAGGUUCUUGGCUUCAAAGAAAGAAGGUUUUUGUUGCCUCUAAAGAAAUAUCAUCUUUUGUUCUUAUAAGCAUCUUUCGUAUAUAUGUUAAUUAUCAAAAGAAUAAGUUAAGAAUUUGUUAUAGUUUGAGUACCUUUGUGAUUCUGAAUUCUGUGCUACUAUGCUUUAUUUUGAUGCUUGCUAUCAUAUAUCUGAGUUAUAGAAAUAAUUUCAUGAUGAGUUCGGACAUAAA